AGGAACACAUCAGGAUGCCUGAACCCGCCAAGUCUGCGCCCAAGAAGGGCUCCAAGAAAGCCGUGACCAAGACCGCCGGCAAAGGAGGCAAGAAGAAGAGAAAGACCAGGAAGGAGAGCUACGCCAUUUAUGUGUACAAGGUGCUGAAGCAGGUGCACCCCGACACCGGCAUCUCCUCCAAAGCCAUGAGCAUCAUGAACUCGUUCGUCAACGACAUCUUCGAGCGCAUCGCCUCCGAGGCUUCCCGCCUGGCUCACUACAACAAGCGCUCCACCAUCACCUCCAGGGAGAUCCAGACCGCUGUGCGCCUCCUGCUGCCCGGUGAGCUGGCCAAGCACGCUGUGUCUGAGGGAACCAAGGCUGUCACCAAGUACACCAGCUCCAAGGCGUGCAUUUUUAUGGAGGCAAACUAGAACAAGCAGCCUUUUAAUAGGAUAACAGGGCUGGGGGGUGCAGUCAGCCUGAAUUUAUUACUAAUAAACUGUGUGUACUCACUGCUCCCUGGAUGCUGCACACUGGCAGCUCACUGUCCCCUAAAAGGAUGGGUUAGAUGCAGAGAGUUAAUUUCUCCAAUGUGAGAUUAAUAAAGUU